AUGUUUUCCAUCCGCUCCUUGAGUCUUUUGGCUUUGGUUUCUUCCUCGGUAUUGGCAUUAAAUCCCAAGCAGGCUCGUUACUGGUCUCGAAACGAUGCUCACCCCAAGGUUGCACGAGACACGCCGAGCGAAGUCGACUACAUCGUUGUUGGCAGUGGUCCAGGUGGAGGACCUCUCGCAUCUCGUCUGGCUCUUGCCGGGUACGAAGUUUUAUUGAUCGAUGCCGGAGAUGAUCAAGGAGCCGAUCUUCUUGCUGAAAUGCCUAUCUUCCAAUUCGCGUCGACUGAAAUAGAAGCACAACGAUGGAACUUCUUCGUACACCACUACUCAGAUCUCGAACGUCAAAAGAAAGAUACGAAAAUGACCUAUCAAACCACUGAUGGUGACUUUUACGUUGGAUUGGAUCCGCCAGCUGAUGCCGAGCCGUUGGGCAUUUGGUAUCCUCGAGCUGGAACCCUUGGUGGCUGCUCAAAUCACAAUGCCAUGAUCACAAUCUACCCACACGAAAGUGAUUGGCAAUAUAUUGCAGACAUUACUGGCGACAACUCUUGGGCCCCUGACAACAUGCGAACAUAUUUCGAAACGAUGGAGCAUUGCGAUUAUCUUCCAGAAGACACUCCCGGGCAUGGCUUUGAUGGUUGGUUCCACACUAGUGCGACCAAUCAGACCAUGAUUAUACAGGAUCAAAAGAUCAACUCGAUCGUCAUCUCUGCUGCCGAUGCUUUCGCAGGCAAUGCCUCUGACUCGAUUCUUGCCACUGCUGAGGGCUUCAAUCAAGUCGUCACUCUUGACGUUAACAAUCAUUUAUCUACCCGUGACAACACCACCGGAUUGUAUCAAAUUCCAAUUUCCGUUGAUGGGAGAACAAGAAAUGGCGCUAGAAACUUCAUUGUCGAGACAGUGAAUGCAGCCAAUACCGAUGGAUCAAAAAAGUACGGUUUGACCCUCAAACUCAACACAUUGGUUACCAAGAUCCGAUUUUCGAACGAUACUACACCUCGAGCUCUUGGUGUCGACUUUCUGGAAGGCAAGAGCUUGUACAGAGCCGAUCCACGAUCCGGUAGUGCCGGUGCAGGAAUUUCCGGCAGUGUUAAUGCGAGAAAAGAGGUCAUCAUUUCAGGUGGAACAUACAACAGUCCUCAAAUCCUCAAGCUCAGUGGAGUCGGACCCAAAGUCGAACUCGAAUCUUUCGGUAUUCCAGUUGUGGUUGAUCUUCCAGGUGUCGGCACCAACAUGCAAGAUCGCUAUGAAACAACCGUCGUCUCCGAAUCUGAAGUCGAUUUCUCAAUCGCGAAAGGCUGUACUUUCCUCACAACCGAUGAUGAUCCAUGUCUAACACAAUGGGAAAACAACACCGCAGACGCGGGACUCUAUGGUACCCCAGGUCUUCCACUCGCCAUGAUCAUGCGAUCCAGCACCGCAGACCAAGAUCCCGAUAUCCUCAUUUCCGGCGCCCCAGCCAAUUUCCACGGCUACUAUCCCGGCUAUUCCGGUCCAGCUCUCGGUGAUGCUCUCCACUGGACUUGGAUCACACUCAAAGCCCACACUCGCAACACCGCCGGUACAGUCACACUUCGAUCGUCAGACCCUCUCGAUACACCGUUGAUCCAAAUGCACUCUUUCGACGAAGGAACUUCCACCGACGAUGCGUGGGAAAAAGAUCUCCAAGCAAUGUACGAGGGCAUGUCACUCUCCCGCAAAGUAAUGGGCAAUGUCAUUCCCCUCGAUGGCUCCUUCAACGAAUCAUGGCCCGGCGCAGCAGUUUCCACCGAAGCGGAACUCAAGGAGUUCAUCCAAGAUGAAGCAUGGGGUCAUCAUAUCUCCUGCACUAAUCCCAUCGGGGCAGACGAUGAUGAGAUGGCGGUGUUGGAUAGUAGCUUUAGGGUAAGAGGGACAAGUGGAUUGAGAGUAGUGGAUGCGAGUGUCUUCCCAAAGAUUCCCGGGUUUUACAUCGCGGUGCCGAUUUAUAUGGUUAGUGAGAAGGCGGCGGCGGUGAUCAUUGAGCAGGAUAAGGCGGGGACGAGUUAUAGAUCAUGA